AUGUCGUACCUGUUGUCGCAGAUCAGGUCGUUAAGCCGCAGCAAGCAGGCUCAAGUUGUGCUUUUCUCUUCCACCGCCAUUGCAUUAUACGGCUAUGACCAGGGUAUGAUGUCUCUGAUCAAUACCAACCAUGACUACCUCUCUCGCAUGCGCAUAUCUGGUGAUUCUCCGCUCGUUGGUAUCAUUGUUUCUGUCUAUUACCUGGGCUGCUCCGUCGGCGCCGUCUUCUUCUCCUGGUUUGCCGAUCAAUUCGGCCGCAAGCCUGCCAUCUUUUUCUGCCUGGCAACCGCCAGCUUGGGGAACUUCAUCAUGUUCAUCGCCGGCCUCGGAGGCAUGAGAAAAGCCCUAGAGGUCAUGUUUCUUGGACGUGUCAUCAUGGGCUUAGGUGUUGGCGGCAUCGACAGCGUGAUCCCUGUGUAUAGCGCUGAGCUGGCCGAGACCAAGAUGAGGGGAAGAGCUAUGGGCCAGGAAUUUCAGAUGAACAUCUUCGGACUGAACAUGGCAUUCGCAAUCAACCUUGGCGUGACCGUCGCCUUGGGCAAGGACAACCAAUGGGCUUGGCGCAUUCCCAUCAUCGUCAUGCAAGCCUAUCCCAUCCUCCUUCUCGCAUGCAUCGAGCUUCUACCGGAGAGCCCCAGAUUCUACAUUUACCACGGAAGAGAAGAGGAUGCAAAGAAGGCUUGCGAAGAUAUUGACCCCAGGAACGGCAAGGAGACGUUUGAGGAAUUAAAAGAAAGCCAUGAGCGAGAAGCAGACAAGGAGGUAACCUACUUGAACAUGCUCACGCCGGGUCAUCCGCAAUUCCACCCAACCAUUGUCACUAUCAUGGGCCAAAUCAACCAGGCUCUUACUGGCUAUGGAGCCGUAUCUGUUUACGGCCCUCAGAUAUUUGAGCUACUUGGUUUCGAUGUCCGUGAUGCUGAAUACUUGACAAUGGGCAACUACGUCUCGUACUUCUUCCUCAUGACCUUCGCCUGGUUGCUCAUCGAUGCCGUUGGCAGACGUAAGCUAUUGCUCGGCGGCAGCGUGGUUUUGACAUCCUGCUUCGUUCUCCUUGCCAUCUUUGGAGGCCUGUCCAUGAACUCCCAGGGCAAAUCCGCGUCUCUCGACGUUCCUACUGUUGCUUUCUCUGUUCCAGGCAUCGUUACACUUUAUGUGGCAACGGGCGCCUUCGGCAUUGGCUGGCUGGCUACUGUCUGGUUGAUUCCCACAGAGAUCUAUCCUACCACCGCUCGCGCUCAAGCCGCCGCCAUCAGCGUUGUCAUCUGGGGCCUCGCCAACUUCACCAUCACCCUCCUGACGCCCAUCAUGUUCAACAACCUGCGCUACUGGCUCUUCCUCGUCUUCGCCGCUUCGAAUGCCAUUGCCGGUCUUUGGACGUGGGCGUAUCUGCCCGAGAGCGGUGGUCGAAGCUUUGAGGAGAACCAACGAUUCUUUGACGAUGCCGUGAAGGAUGGCACCUGGCAAGUCAGGAAGAUCGAAAAUGGUGCAUACCUGAGAAUGCCGUACCCGCACAGUGGAGAGGCUGAGAGGGGCGAGCGUGCGCCACUCUUGCAAAGGGUAAGAGAGCAGAUUCCCUGA